ACUACGAGAGUAUAUUCCCUUGGUUUAUCAUGGACAUGUGCAUGAGGGCUAUUCGCAUUCGUAAUGUUUUCAACCAUCAUUUGCGAAUUUCUAAUAGAAAUUUUUGCUGCUCAUGCAAGCGACCCAAAGGUUUGGUAUUGGGAGCAUACCAGCCACAAGAAAAAGGAGGGCAGCUGAUUUUAACACCUGCAGCUCGAAAGUUUGAUGAGGCAUUAAGUGGUCAGUUGCACCAGCUGCUCAAAUUCGCUGGCAGAGGGUUAAAACCAGGUAAGAGUCGUGUCCUGUAUGGUCUAGGGAAAAACUACUCUGCUGUUGCUGUGGCAAAUCUUGGGAAGCAAGAUGUUGGGUUUUGCCCCUUGGAGCAGUUGGAAGAGGGGCGAGAGAAUAUACGAGCAGCUCUGGGCGGGGCAUGUAUCCAGUUGAGGGAGUGUGGAGAGACCGCAGUAGAGGUAGAUCCAUGUGGUGAUGCUGAAGCUGCAGCAGAAGGUGCGGUUCUCUCUCUCUUUUCAUAUGAUGAGCUGAAAUCAAAAGACAAGCAGAAGCCAGCUGUUGAGCUUUCUUGCUACACGGACUUUGUCACUGACAAGACUGCAGUUGAGAGAAGAUGGAAGCGAGGGCUUAUUUUGGCUGAUGCACAGAAUGUAGCUCGUCAUUUAAUGGAAUCUCCAGCAAACAGACUAACACCAACUAUCUUUUGCCAGCAAGUUAUGGCUCGACUACAGCCUGCUUCCACGGUUGUGAAAAGGGACCGCCAGUGGGCAGAGUCUGAGAAAAUGGGAGCCUUCUUAGCUGUUGCACAAGGUUCUGAAGAAGCCCCUUGUUUCUUGGAGAUAGAUUUUCAAGGAGGACCACCCUCCCAAGCACCAAUUGCUUUGGUUGGAAAAGGAAUCACAUUUGACACAGGUGGCAUCUCUCUGAAACCGUCAGCUGACAUGGACAAGAUGAGGGCAGACAUGGGUGGUGCUGCUUGCGUCGUGGGUGCCAUUUUGGCUGCUUCGCGUUUGAAACUACCUCUUAACAUUAAAGGUUUUAUAGCACUUUGCGAAAACAUGCCAAGUGGCAAAGCUGUCAAGCCAGGUGAUGUGGUGACAGCAAGGAAUGGGAAGACUAUCCAGGUUGAUAAUACAGAUGCAGAGGGGCGGCUGAUUCUUGCUGAUGCACUGUGCUAUGCAGAAUCGUUCAAGCCACGCCUCAUUGUGGAUAUGGCCACUCUAACAGGUGCUAUUGAUGUGGCACUGGGUGCAGGGGCUGCAGGAGCUUAUACUAACUGUGAUGCUACUUGGGAUCUCUUGUUAAAGGCCAGUGUUUACAGUGGUGAUCGGGUGUGGCGUAUGCCACUGUUCAAACUCUACAAGAGUCAGGUCACAGAGUCCCAGCUUGCAGAUAUUAACAACAUCGGAAAACACUCUCGCUCUGGUGGUUCCUGCACAGCUGCUGCUUUCCUUAGUGAGUUUGUAACCAGUAAGCACUGGUUGCACCUGGACAUAGCUGGCGUGAUGAUGAACAAGGAUGAGGUGCCAUUCCUCAAGAGGGGCAUGUCUGGACGGCCAACAAGAACUGUGGUGGAGUUUCUUCAUAGGCUGAGCACCCAAAGUGCUUGAUGAUGUAAUCCUCAACAGAAAACUUUUAUAACUGUCAUUGGCUGGAUUCAGUGCUUGAAGCAAUGUGAAGAAAUUUUGAAGUGAGGUUUUUAUCAAUAAACAAUAUUUGAAUUUUU